GUGACUUAAGGACGCUAGUUUGGCGGAAUAAACGGCCUCCAAAGUUAACAAUGAGACUUCUCAGCCAGGCGCACCUCAUCACCUGGAUUCUCGUGGAAACACUCGCUCGUGUUCAUGACCUGAUAUACUUCGCGGGAGGGGAUGCUGCCAUCGAGCAUGACCAAGGAUGGAACAUUGCCAUCUUACAGCCCGGACAAACAACCUCAUCCGUUAAUUCUGCCAAAGUCCUGGGCCAAUACACCCACGCAGGCACAUGGCUUCUAUGAUUCCAACUAGGGCACUGAGUCCACUUCGAACAUACAAGUUGUCCGCUCACACUCUGGCCACGCCGACAGCCCAACCCUGCCCCAGGGAGCAAGUGAGGAAAUCCAACAGAGAAAUUCUGCAGCCAUUAUAGAUCAGGACCCAGAGCACUUUCUCCCAUUGCAUACAGCUAAUACUCACACA